AUCUUAAGGUGAGUCUAGUUUUUUAAGAUAAGGUUUGAAACCAUCUGCUGAAAGGCUGAAACGGAUCCUAAAAAAAGCUUACACAAACUGCGAGAUCAAACAACCACGAUGAUCUGGACUGAUCUUCACACUCCUUUCGACCAAUUGAACCUGAACAGAACAGAUGGAACAGACUAGAACACAUACAUUAAUCGGAGGAUAAGGAAAACUUUCCUUGCUUGAAGUUUUGAAGAGAGAAUUUAGUUUUACACCUAACCACGCCAACAACCACCAAAUCCCAAAUAAUAUUAUAUGAAAUUUGGUGUUUUCUUGCCCUAUGUGCAGUAGUAAAACCUUUAAAUUUAAAAAUUGUAAAGAGGAUAUGUGUCAAAAUCACUUUGUAAAUAUGUCUAUAAGAUUAUAAAGAAGACAUAUGUCAAAUUCACUUUACAUAUAAUAUAUAUGAGAUUGUAAAAAAGAUAUGUGUCAAAAUUACUUUGCAGAUAAUAUCUAUGAAAUUAUAAAGAAGACAUGUGUCAAAAUUAUUUUUGCAAAUAAUGUCUAUAAGAUUGUAAAGAAUACAUGUGUCCAAAUCACUUUACAGAUAAUAACUAUGAGAAUGUAAAGAAAACAUGUGUCAAAAUUACUUUGUAGAUAAUAUCUAUAAAAUUGUUAAGAAGACAUGUGUCAAAAUCAUUUUGCAAAUAAUGUUUAUAAGAUUGUAAAGAGUACAUGUGUCAAAAUCACUUUACAGAUAAUAUCUAUGAGAUUGUAAAGAAGACAUGUGUCAAAAUUACUUUGUAUAUAAUAUCUAUGAGAUUGUAAAAAAGACAUGUGUCAAAAUCAUUUUGUAAAUAAUAUGACAUGUAUUAAAAUCACUUUGCAAGAAAAUAUCAAUGAGUAACCAUUAUUUUAGAACUAGAUAAACAUGACCGAUUUUCUUUAUUUUGGAAAAAUGUUUUUCAUAUUUAAAACAUUACUUAUUUAAUAUCUGAUUCUAAAUCAAUGCAGAAGCCAACAAGAAAACAGAAAAACAUCAAACACAGAGAGAGAAGAAAGAGAUGGUGAAGCAGGAAAUCAUUUUCGUUCCUUACCCAACCCCUGGUCAUCUUCUUGUCACUAUUGAGUUUGCUAAAUCUCUCAUCAAACGCGACCAUCGCAUUCACACCAUCACCAUCCUCCACUGGACGUUACCUUACACUCCCCAUGCUGACCUCUUUGCGAAAUCACUCAUCGCUUCGGAGCCACAGAUCCGUUUUCACGCCUUGCCUGAAGUCAAGAACCCUCCGCCAUUUGACCUCUUCUUGAAAGCCACCGAGGCUUACGUUCUAGAGUUCACCAAGGCGACAGUUCCUCUCGUCAGAGACGCUCUCGCCACUCUCGUCUCCUCUCGCGACGGAUCCGACCCGGUUCGGGUCGCCGGUUUGGUUCUUGAUUUCUUUAGCGUCCCGUUGAUCGAAGUGGGAAACGAGUUCAACCUUCCUUCUUACAUUUUCUUGACGUGUAACGCUGGUUUCCUUGGUAUGUUGAAGUAUCUCCCCGAGAGACAUCGCAGGAUGGGCACCAUGCUCGAUCUGAGCAGCACUGAAGAUCAUCACAUUCCAGGUUACGCUAGCUCAGUGCCGUCGAAGGUUUUGCCGGCGGGCCAGUUUGUGAGAGAGUCAUACGAGGCUUGGGUCGAGAUUGCCGAGAAAAUCCCUCAAGCCAAGGGUAUUCUGGUAAAUUCGUUCACGUGUCUCGAGCAGAAGGCAUUUGAUCACUUCGCUUGUUGUUGCACUGACAACUUUCCUCCGGUUUACCCGGUCGGACCGGUUCUUAGCUUGGAGGAUCGUCCGUCCCCGGAUCUUGACCCGUCCGAUCAGCGUCGGAUCAUGAGAUGGCUGGAGGACCAGCCGGAGUCGUCAGUGGUGUACCUCUGCUUCGGGAGCUACGGAGUCCUCGGGGCACCGCAGAUUGAGGAGAUAGCUCGAGCCUUGGAGGUCUCUGGCCACAGGUUUCUUUGGUCUAUCCGUACCGAGGAUGGUGGUCCGUGCGAUCUCUUGCCAGACGGGUUUACGGAUCGGACGGCCAGUAAGGGACUGGUGUGCGGGUGGGCCCCGCAGGUGGAGGUGCUGGCUCACAAGGCCGUCGGAGGGUUCGUGUCUCACUGCGGCUGGAACUCUGUGCUGGAGAGCUUGUGGUUCGGCGUGCCGAUCGCCACCUGGCCGUUGUACGCUGAGCAGCAGCUAAACGCUUUCACGAUGGUGACGGAGUUAGGUUUAGCCGUGGAGCUGCGUUUGGAUUACGUCUCGACCAAGAAAGAGAUAGUGAAGGCUGAGGAGAUUUCGGAAGCGAUACGGUCUCUGAUGGACGGUGAGAAUACGGUGAGGGGGAGAGUGAAGGAGACAGCUGAGGCGGCUAGGAAGGCUUUGAUGGACGGAGGAUCUUCUUUUGUCGGGGUUAAACGAUUCAUGGACGACUUGGUCGGCGAGGACUUUUAGUUCGGUUGUAGUUGGACUGCUGAUUCUGAAUAAAUUGUGUUUCAAAAAAUAAUUUCUCCUUAGCAUGUUAGUUUGUGAGAGACACUAAACAAACAAAACCUUCAGUUCUAUUCGAAACUUAUGAAUACAUAAGUGAGAAUUUCAAAACUGCCAUUUUAUGAUAGAGAAAUUAGGGCCAGUAACAAAAAAAAAAACCUUAAAUUAAGAAAAUGACCAU